AUGUUAUUCAAUCGCCCCUCCAAUGAGAAGGGUGCUGCCUGGCCAGCCAUCUUGGUCGGACUGUUCGCCUCGUUCGGUGGUAUCCUCUAUGGCUACGACACUGGGACCAUCUCCGGCAUCCAGACCAUGCCCUACUGGAUCGAGGAAUUCGACAACCCGAACGCAGGCCGCAUCGCCCUAAUCGUUUCCAUCUUGUCAGUUGGCACCUUCGUUGGUGCACUCGCAGCGGGUAUCAUGGCAGACAUUACUGGGAGACGAUGGGGAAUCAUCCUGUCGGUCAUGUUGCCUUUCAAUCUCGGUGUCGCCCUUCAAACUGCCGCUACAUCGCAGCCGCUGUUCAUUGCUGGUCGCUUUUUUGCAGGCCUCGGAGUUGGCCUGGUUUCUGCCCAGAUCCCUAUGUACCAGUCCGAGACUUUGCCCAAAUGGAUCAGAGGCGCAGUUGUUGGAUGUUACCAGCUUUGUAUCACAAUCGGUCUUUUCCUGGCUGCCAUUGUGAAUUGGGCAACGCAGCACAGGCCUGACAGCGGAAGCUACCGUAUCCCUCUUGCAAUUCAAUUCGCAUGGGCCCUCAUUCUUGCUGGCGGCCUCUUCUUCCUCCCCGAGACCCCUCGCUUUCUUAUCAAAAAGGGCCACGACACCCAAGCUCUUCGAUCCUUGGUUUUCCUUCGCCGCUUGAGUGCUGAUGAUCCUGACCUUCUCGCCGAGAUGGAAGAGCUGAAGAACAACUGGGAGUAUGAGAAGUCCCUCGGCUCUGCCUCUUACCUUGAAUGCUUCAAGGGAACUGCUGGUAAACGUACCAUCACCGGAAUCAUACUUCAAUCGCUUCAGCAGCUGGUGGGAAUCAAUUUCAUCAUCUAUUAUGGGACAAGCUACUUUGCCGAGAAUGUGCAAGGUCUGCCCGACUCCUUUAUCCUGCAGGUGAUUGUCAACUCCGUUAACGUGGUCAUGACACUUCCCGGACUUUGGGCAAUUGACCGCUUCGGGCGACGACCUGUUCUGCUGACGGGAGCACUCGGUAUGGGUGUCUCGCAAUAUAUUGUUUCUGCCUGUGGUGCCGCAACCCCGACUUCGAACUUUACGUCGCAAUGCGCCCAGUUCGCAUUUAUUUGCAUAUACAUCUCUUUCUUCGCAUCUACCUUCGGUCCCUGCGCCUGGGUUGUUACAGGAGAGAUCUUCUCUCUCCAGACUCGUGCCAAAGGUCUUUCCAUGACAACUGCAGCAAACUGGUUCUUCAAUUGGCUGCUCUCUUACAUUACGCCAUACCUCACUGGAGCUCUCAACCCCACCCAGUCGAACGUGUUCUGGAUCUGGGGUAGCUUCUGUUGGAUUGCGUUCGUCUUCACAUUUACCAUGAUCUAUGAGACCAAGGGCCUGUCCCUGGAACAGGUCAAUGAGCUUUAUGAAAAUGUUUCCAAGGCCUGGAGGAGCCCUAACUACCGUUCGGAGCUCCAUACAAUGUCUGCUUCUGAAGCUUAUCGCAAGAACUCGGUCAACGAAGAGACGAAGCCUUCGGAGGUGGCUUAUGAGGAUGCUAGUAAAGUCUGA